AUGGGCUACGACACAACAGAUGCCAAAUACUGCUGCGGAUCCGUGGUGGACAAUAAAUGCGCAGAUGGUGAUCCCUUGACGAUGGACAACGGGGCAGUGAUACCAAGAGUAGCAGCUGUGGCCGGUUACUCGAAUGCUUCGUCAAUUACCAAUGCCACCUGUCCUACAGGGAAUAGUUCAUCAUCCCCAUCCCACGACGUGGCCAUCGGCGCAGGAGUUGGUGUGCCAUUGGGUGCAAUUGCUUUGGCAUCAAUCGCCUGGGCGCUAUGGGAGCGUCGGCAAUGUAAAUAUGCUCGCCUGGAGAUAUGCCGGCGACCGGAGCUCAGGCGACAGGCCAAUACCAAUAUCAAUAUCCCUCGCACGGUGUAUAUCAAUCGCGUCCGGCGGAGCUCGCGCAAACCGGGGUGGAAUCGGAGUUGGACAGCAACGGGGACGCAAAUGACUUCCGCCCUAUCUUUCUGA